AUGAAGUCAUCACCACUUGCUUCCUUUCUGUCCCUCGCUUUUCUUUCCUCACUCCCAUCCAGCCAUGGAGCGCUUCUCGAGAAGCGCGACCUCGUGCCACCGACCGAUGCUGAACUCGGUAACGGUUGGACAUACCAAGGUUGCUAUGUAGACGUUGGUCGGACAAUUAAUGCCGCCAACACGGCAGAUCCAAAGAUGACCAACCAAAUGUGCACGCAAUUCUGCUUCGGAAAAGGAUUCCCUUAUGCUGGCACUGAAUACACCUCGGAGUGUUACUGCGGUAGCCAACUUGCGACUGGAGGUGUUCAAGCACCAGCGACUGACUGUGGGAUGGGCUGCGGUGGCAAUGGGACUCAGCCGUGCGGUGGACCAGGAAGAUUGACUCUAUGGAAGACGAGCCAGGCCACUGGGCCAUCCGUCAACCCAGGAGUCGAUGGCUGGGUGUCAAUUGGCUGUUACUCUGAGGGCACCACGGGCCGUGCCUUGCUGCAAGGUGUUGGCACAGUCCCUGGAGCUCAGAUGACGGUGGCCAAAUGCACGGCAGCUUGCAAGGCGGCUGAUGCGGCAAACAUCUUGGCAGGUGUUGAGUAUGGAGGCGAAUGCUAUUGCGGCAAGAAGAUCUCCAAUGGAGCGCAGCCAGCGCCGGCCAGCAAAUGCAACAUGGUUUGCAAUGGAAACAGCACAGAGUAUUGCGGCGGUCCUGGUGCGUUGAACGUCUAUAACCUGGGCGGAACAUUGCCAACAAGCACCUCGGGAGGACCCGACCCAACCACAACCCCCACCGGAACCCCAUCAGCAUGUCCAGCUCAACCGUCCACUGUUGGAGCGUGGUCCUCGUACGGCUGCUACACAGAAGCGACCAACGGACGAGCCCUGAGCGACAAGACUUAUGCCGACGACGCGAUGACCUUGGCGUCAUGCGCACAGUUUUGCACGGGCUACACAUAUUUCGGCGUGGAAUACUCGCGCGAGUGCUACUGUGGGAACAAGUUCAAUACGGGCUCGACAAAGGCACCUGCAUCUGACUGCAGCAUGGUUUGCUCUGGAUCCAGCUGCGACCUUUGUGGGGCCGGCAACCGUCUUUCGGUCUACACCCUCGGGGGUGGUGUCGAUCCCGGCACCUCAUCCACAACUGGUACUGGUGGUGCUUCUUCCACGACCUCGACAGGGGGACCUGCGGCCACGGGCCUGCCCACCGGAUGGGCUGCCUACGGCUGCUGGGUUGACGGUGUCAAUGGCCGUAUUCUUAACAAGCAGCUCCCCGAUGAUCCCAACUUGACUCUUGAAUCUUGUGCCAAGGCCUGCAGUGACCAAGGUUUUACCAUUGCUGGUGCUGAGUACUCACGACAGUGCUUCUGCGGCAACUCCAUCGUCAACGGCGGCGUCAAGGCUCAGUCUAACACCGAGUGUAAUACGGCUUGUGCUGGAAAUCCCCAGCAAUUCUGUGGCGGCGGCGGCAGAAUGAGCAUCUUGUCACUGGGUGAACCCCAGGUCGUUGCACCUCCUGGUGUUAUUCCCGUUGUUGGCAAGUGGGAGUACCAGGGCUGCUACCAGGACAAUGUCAACCAGCAGAGAACCUUCUUCUGGCAGAACUUCAUGAACACUGACAUGACGCCCAAGAAGUGUCUUGACCUCUGCGGCUCCUUUGGCUACAUGGCUGCCGGCCUCGAAUACGGCAAGGAGUGCUACUGCGGAGACCCAGCCAACAUUGCUGUUCAAGGUGCUCAAAAGGUCGAUGACAAGCAAUGCAAUGUCCCUUGUGUUGGAAACUCAUCCGCUUACUGUGGCGGCGGCAGUCUUCUGACAACCUACUUCUGGAAAGGCGACCCAUUCUAUACCUGGAACUUCCCUGCCGCCGGCUCUCCCGACGCUGGUUCUUAUGAGUUCCUCAUUGGUGGUGUAUGUGUUCCUCUCAUCACGUCCCAAGCUAUCACCGGUAAAGUCACCUUCCUCGAGAAAUGGGGAACCGGACCGGCAAACUCGACUGGUGCUUACGAACUCGAUCUUUCUCAAAUCAACAACUUCCAGGCUGCCUGGAGAACGAUGCAUGUCAAGACCGACAUCUUCUGCGCUGGUGGUCUGACGCUUCCCGACAAGGCUGGCCGACAGAUCAACGUUGGUGGCUGGUCUGGUGAUUCUACAUAUGGUGUGCGUCUGUACACUCCUGAUGGAUCUGCUGGAGUUCCCGGAAAGAAUGAUUGGGAGGAGAACGCUGCUGUGCUCAAGCUGCAACAAGGCCGCUGGUACCCCACCGCCAUGAUCAUGGCCAAUGGCUCUAUUCUCGUCAUUGGUGGUGAGGUUGGCUCUAACAGCGCUCCCGUACCGACCCUCGAGAUUCUUCCCUAUACUGGCACCAAGCCCCUCUAUAUGGAGUGGCUAGAGCGAACCGACCCCAACAACUUGUACCCAUUUGCUUGUGUCCUGCCGUCGGGUGGCAUCUUUGUUGCCUACUUCAACGAAGCUCGCAUCUUGGACGAGAACAACUUCAACACUAUCAAGACACUUCCCAACAUUCCCGGAGCUGUCAACGACCCAAUGGGUGGCCGAACCUACCCUCUCGAAGGCACCGCAGUUCUUCUUCCCCAGUAUGCUCCUUACACUGACCCUCUUGGCAUCCUCAUCUGUGGCGGUUCUAGCAACGGCGCCGCCAAUGCCCUGGACAACUGCGUGAGCACAUACCCUGAUGCAGCCAAUCCCAAGUGGGAACUCGAGCGUAUGCCUUCACAGCGUGUCAUGACUUGCAUGGCUCCUCUCCCUGACGGCACCUACCUCAUCUUGAACGGUGCGCACCACGGCGUUGCUGGCUUUGGCUUGGCCAAGGAUCCCAACCUGAAUGCUCUUCUCUACGAUCCUACCAAGCCCCUCGGCACCCGUAUCACUGUCAUGGCCAACACCACCGUUGCUCGUCUCUACCACUCGGAGGCCAUCACUCUGCUCGACGGUCGUGUUCUUGUCUCUGGUUCUGAUCCCCAGGAUGGCGUCAACCCUGAGGAGUACCGUGUUGAAACCUUUACUCCCCCCUACUUGAAGCGCGGCAAGCCUCGUCCUACCUUUACUCUUGCCAACAAGGACUGGAACUACGGUCAGCAAAUCACCUUUUCUCUGGGUUCUGCGGCUCAAAACGGUGGCAUCAAGGUGUCUCUGUUGGGAUCGGUUUCUAGCACUCACGGCAACUCCAUGGGUGCACGUACACUGUUCCCCGCCGUCACUUGCGCUGGUACCUCUUGCACUGUUACCUCCCCGCCUGGCAAGUACAUUGCUCCUCCAGGCUGGUAUCAGUUCUUCGUUUUGGACGGUGGCAUUCCCGGUGUUGGUGUCUUUGUCCGCAUUGGUGGUGAUCCCGCCGGCCUGGGCAACUGGCCCAAGGGCACUGGCUUCAACCCUCCUGGCGUCUAA